AUGUCAGUUCCUUCUCAAGGAACGAUGUUCAGCGAGCGCCCCUCAGGCGCCACUGCGCUGGCCGGGGCGGGCAGCAUAGGGAACUACAAGGGCGUGAUGCUCUGCAAUCGACCGUUCGCGGGAACAGCGGCGGCGGCCAAGGGAGGCGGAGACAACGGCGGGGCCGCCGCGGGAAAGCAUGCCUUUGUCACGGGAAAGGUCAAGUCGGAGGUGGGGUUCGCCGACAAGAGCCUGCAAACGGAGAAGCUGCUGCGCAAGCGUGUCAAGCGCGAGACGGCACUGACUCGGCACCGGAAGUGGUUGGCGGACCUGCAGCUCACGAAGCAGGCGCUAGAGGAACAAUACAUGGAGGAUUUGCAGAAGAAAGAGGAGAAUAAGAGACGUUUCGCCCAGAGGGAGGCGCGCAUGCGGCAGAUGACUCGCGAGCUAGGGGCUGCCGCCUCAGACCGCAAGAUAGGCCAGGGCUAUGGCAACGAGGAGCAAGGGAGUAAAGCGUGGGCUAUCGGGCUCGAUGACGACGUAGAACCCGAGACCACGACUAAAAACCACAAUAGACCGUGUAGCGUGUUGAAUGCCGACGAUCGACUAGAUGGGAAAGAGGAAGGAGGGAGUUCAAGACCGGAGCUUGAAGAGGAAGAGGGUGUGGGAAAUCGAAUAGAUCCUUCCGAGCUUAAGGCCGUAGAAAAGCGUAGAAAGAGGGACGGGAAGCCGUGUCGACCAAAGUGGGCCAUGACUGAGGCUGAGGCCCAGGUAGAGGACGAGCUCAAGCACGAGGAAGAGCUUGAGGAACUACUGCAGUUUACGCAAGGGUUGGACUUUGGAAGGUACAUCAAAGACGCCGAGGUGCAGUCGAUGAUCGACCAGGUAAAGAGGAGAAUACUUGAGCUCGAGGGGCAGCCGGAAGUGGACGAAGAAAGCCCCGAAGAUGAAAACGACGGUAGUGGCGACAGGGGCCAAGGCCAGGACGACGAUCCACUGGACGAGGCUGAGAUUCGAAUGCAGGCAAAGGUUAUGAAGCUCACGGACAAGAACUUGGCGACUCUCGAGGACGCCAGCGACAGAACCGGCGCCCGCAACCUGCGCGAAGAAGACGACAACAUCAGCAUCGCGCGCACAGCUCUCUCGGAAGGAGGAAGGAGCGUGCGCUCGAUCCACUCGACGCGGUCGCUCGCCGCGGUGGCAGAGAAGGCCCGUGUUAGCAUCAUCAGAGGGGGGGGCGGUGGCGGGGAUGGCACCGGCACGGCACCGGCCAGGCUCGAGAAGGGACUGUCAUCCACGUUGUCUGGAGGAGGGAACCGUGAUAUGCCUGUUAACGAUAUCGUAGUAGUGACACACCAGGACGACGGCGGUCUGCGGCGAGGGGGCAAGAACACAGUCAGCAAUUUGCCGUACAUCAGGAGAAAUCCUGCUCUUUGA